UAAUCGAUGAUAGAAACAUGAUGGCGUCGCUAGUAAAACUUAAUUGGUUAUAUAGACCAAAUAAAUUAUUUAUAAACCGAAAUGUACGAUACUUUAGCGGUAGACGCGUAAGAAGGACUACGCCAAACCAAAUGACACCUCAAGAGCAACUGCUGCUACAACAAAAGUUAAGGGAAAUGCAAUUGGCACAAGCACAACAACCCAGAAAAUCUGGAUUGCUGAAUACUAUCAAGGAAAGUGUUAUACACGGACUUGGAUUUGCUUUCGCACAGCGUAUGGUAGACUCGAUAUUCGGACCACGCACAAUCAACAUCAGCGACUUCACUGGAAGUAACAAUAAUGUAGAUACCGGAAGCACAAACAGCGCCAAUGAGUACAACAACUCCCCGUUCGUAGAUGACAGUAACCAAGAUCAAGGUUGGAGUUGGGGCAGUGAUCUCUUCAGCGAGGACGAGUAAUCCUAGGAACUAGCU